CUCCCACCCCUCUUUAGACACCGCCACCAUUGACCUGUCAAAUUUGCCUCUCUCUCUCUGGAUUUUUUUUUUGUUUUGGUUUUGUGUGUGUAUGUAUACAAAGAAGCAUAAUAAAAAAUUCUGCAUCAUCAAAAAUAGACAAAUAAAUCGAAUGUCAAUAAAGACAAUUAAUAUUUAAAAGAUGCAACAAACAAUGGACGAAAAAGAGGAACUUGUGAAAAAAUCUCUUUUUAAUUUUGUCAGGAAGCAAGUACCAACUGCCCAGUUGAGUUUGAUUGAUGAUAUUGUAUUGAGCUAUGUCGUAAGCAUGGUAGAAGAAAGUGCAAUGGAGGAAGAACUUGAUGUAGAGGGUCUUUGUGAAAUGGUAUCAGCUUGUCUACCAGAAUUUUCAACAAUUGACAAAGAUGAUGUAUCAAAAUGGCUCAUUGAAAUUGAGAGUAAUCUUCGUCAAGGCAGUAAAGGGUCAAAUAAUUGUGAACCUUAUGAUCCACUAAGUCAUUUAAGUUUGAGUGCAUUAUUACCACCAGAUACACAACGUAUUAGAGUACAUCAUUUAUCAGAAACAAGUGAUCCUGGUAGUGAUUCAAGUGGUGAAUAUUUUCCCGAGCAACAAGAAACAUCAUGGCAACAAAUGGAAGUACUACAAGAAAUGUUUCCUGAAGCAACUGCUGCUGAAAUACAACAUUGUUUAGCAAUUGCUGAUGGUGAUGUUGCUAAAGCUGCACAACUUGCACUUCAUAGACAAGAAGCUGGUCAAAGUAUAACAAGCAAUUUGACAUAUUUAACGCCAAAUCGUCGUACAAAAGCUGUUAAUGAUGAAGAAUUAAAAUCACGUAUUAUUGCACGUUAUAGUUAUGUUGAUCGUGAUGAUGAUUCACGUGAACAUCGUCCAGUAACACCAAAACGUGAGCCUAAAAAAUUGGUACGUUAUCUUGAUAAUAAAAUAGUUAGUAUGAAAGGUGAAAGAUUUACUGAAAUAAGACGUAAUGGAGAUGAUGAAGAUGGAAAUGAGGGUAGUAAAAAACGUAAUCAGUGCCGACCGUAACUAUUUAUCAUGCCUCCACCACCUGAUCCACCCCCUUGGAGGCAUAUAUGAUUUUAUUAUUAUUUUCAUUACAAAGAGAUAAUGUUGUCUUGAUAUAUCAUUUAUAAUUUUGAUCCUUAUUGGUUCGAGUUUAUAAAACAAUAACGUAUCAUCACAAUAUUGUGAUGAUAAAUCCAUGCAAAAAAAAGAAAUAAAUUAUAAUUAUUUAUUAUUUUUUUCUUUAUGGAUUUUAAAAUUCAAUGAGCAAUGAUGGAUUAUUGGAUUGUUGUAUUAUGAUCCAGGUCAGUGAUAAUGCUCGUUUCUAAAUGACUUGCUCAGAUUCAUGUUUUUAUUUUUUUUUAUCGUUAUUUUGUUUAUUGAUUUUUUUCAUUGUUUUGUUACGAAAAUUUUCUACGAAAUUUUGUAACAAUUACAUAGAAAUCAAUUGACAAAUAAUUUAUAAAAUUAAAUAUUACGUUUGAAUCUAAAAAAAAACAAAGUAAUUUAUAUAUUUUUUAAAUUCAUUCAAUGAAUUUUUUUUAUUUACCAAAAAAAAAAAACAAGAAAAAACAAAAAAAAAAUUGCAAUUUUUAAUGUUUUUUGAUUUUAUUUUUUGACAACAUUUUCUCGCGUACAAAUUUCUAAUUUUUUUUGCUAGAGUAUGUUUUUUUUUAAAAUUCCAAAGCGUCGAAAAUUAAUUAGAAAAAAAUUCGUGUGAUAAAUUUCGAAUCGAAAUAAAUUACAAUGAUAAAUUUUCGAGAAAAAAAAUUAAUAAUUCGACUGUUAUUUUAAAAUAAUUAUUUAAUAAUUAAACCAAACUCUUGACUGAUUUUUAUUUUUAUAAAUAUUUUUUUUUUCUCAAUUUUUAUCAUUUUUUAAUUAACUUCAAAAUGUCUCCACAGGGAUUUUAAUUUUUCUUAACAUUUUUAUUUAAAUUCAAGUGAAGAGAGUGAUAUACUUAUAUGAAAAAAAAAAUAAUAAAACUACUCAGUGUUUUAUAGUAAUAACCAACAACUCGAUUAAUAACUCAUUAGUCUCGAGCAACAAAUAAAAAUACUAAUAAUUAUCGUAAUAAUAAUAAUAAUAUAAAUAAAGUCUGCAUAAAAUUACCGUUUAAGUAUUUUCAUCGUAAAUAGAAUGAAAUUUUUUAUAAAUUUUACUCUUGAAAUUUAGGGAUUACAUAGUAAAAUUCAAGUACAUUAUUCCAUUUUUGAUAUUAAAAUAAAUUGAUGGAAAGUAUAUAAAAAAUGUUCUUUGAAUUUUAUUGAUAGUAAAAAAAAAAAAAAACUUAUAUUUAUUACAGUGUACCGAUGAUUUUUCAUUGUAGAAAAAAAAAAUAUAUUACGACAAAGUAAAUCACUGCACUGUUAUAAAUAUACCCUAAAUUUUUUUAUGUAAAAAUUAUAAAAAAUUAAAUUAAAAGCGAAUUUUUCUUUGAAUUAAAUUUCGAAAAGUUAAAUUUUUCAAAUAUAAAAUUACAUUAAUUAAAUAAUAUAUAAAAAUAAUUAUUUAACAAUUAUUAAAAUUUAUUUUCAUGAUUAUUUAUUUGAAAUUUGUAAAAUUUAACUCUUGACAAAUUUAUUUUCACAAGAAAAAUAUUUUAAAAUUCGUUUCAAAUUAAAUUAAAUUUCAUAAAAUUUAAUGACAAAAUAUGAGCAACGUUAAUGAUAAUAAUCAAAAAAAAAACAAAAAAAUGGCAUUUAAGAUUAAUUUUCCAUGUAAAAAAAACACAAAAGUCAAACAUAAUUUUUAUAAUUUUCAUACAAUAUGAAAAGUUAAUUUUUAAUUUAUACAUUACAAAAAAUUUAAUUGAUAAAUUAAUUUUAUAUAUUUUCUUUUAAUUAUUAUUUAGUUGUUUAAUAUCUGCAAAUGAUAUUAUCAAAUUUAUUGUUCAGUAAACAUGAUAAACAAAAAACAGUUGAAAAGUUUUUUUAUAAAUUUCACGAUAAAAUUAGCCUUGCAAUAUUAAUCAACAAACUUUUCCAAUUGAAAGUUUUUAAAAUGAAUUAAUUUUAUUUUCUAAAUUAAUAAUAUUAUAAAGCAGCUUUAAAUUAAAAAUCAUUUGUUUAUUUCAUGUAAAAAAACUGCUUUAAAAAAAUUAUUCGAAUAAUUUUUUUUUAAUUUCAAAAUUCGACACAAUCACUUGGCUGUAUUGGGUCAUGUUGAAUACCAGUAUUAAUAAAAUUAUCACAAGUACUACAUUAUAGCUUUUAAGUUAUUAUUAAUUUAACUUUUAAUUUUUUUUUUUAUUUUAUAAACUUACUACACAGUCGACUGAAACAUGGAAAAAAAAAAAAAUUUAAUUUCUCAUUUACAUAUGUUUUAAUCUUUCAUUAUGAAAUUUUAUAAAAAUAUUUGUAUUAGUUUAUAAGCUAAUUAUUAUAUGUGACAAUAGAUUAAGUACUUUCUGUCUGAAAAAAAAAAAAAAUAUAUAUAUAUAAAUAUAUAUUACUUAUUACAUGGAUAAAUGAUAAAAUUCAAAAUGAAAAAGUAAAAAAAUAAAAUAAUAUUUAAAGGCAUUCGCCGAGUGUUUAGUGUGUAAUUUAUGAUAAAAUAAAUAUUAAUAAAAAUUUUAGAAGUCUUCAUAAAAAUGUAGUGAGCAGAGUGAUAUUCUUUAAAAUAUAAAUAAAUAAUAAUUUAGAUGUUCAUGUGGGCAGGUCCUUGUCAUAGGAAUAAGCAAUGAAAAACAAAAUUAAAAAAAAAAACAAACAACAAAAG